AUGGACGUAGCAAUGGUUGAUUCGAGCUUGGACCAUCCAUUCUUUGAUGACGCCAUAGAAGCAACACACAACACCAUACUGCAAGAACAUCGUCAACAUUUCGAUCAUCGUAUCAGCUCAACACUUCUGCUCGAAGAGAUCCGUCGUACUACCGCUGGCAAUGGGUCGGCAGACCGAAGAUUAGUCGUAUGCAGUCGAAAGUUUAUACUGUUCAUUCGCACCUUUGCACCCUACUUCGAUGUCCUUGGCACAUGCGUCGAAUUGCAGUCAGAAUGGGCAGGCUAUUUCUGGGCAACUGUUCGUGUAGUCUUCAAGAUGAGCGGUGACUGCGUGCUUGUCCUGGAGAAAAUUGCCGAUGUACUUGAAGCUGUUUCGCAAAUCAUACCACCCUAUCAAGAGGUUUACAACAUCUGCAAGCGUAACGGAGCCGAGUCCCAUGGCGAGGCUGGAGAUCGUCAUCUGGCUGCACUUCUGUCUUGCGUAUACGCGGAUCUUGUACAGCUGUUCUUGGAGCUAUAUUGUAUCUUCUGUCGCGGAGCACAAAGCACGCCCGUCAGCUGUAGGAACGUCCUCCACAGUGAGACACUAUGGCGACCAUUCGAUUCCCGAUUCGCCCACCUUGAAACACGGCUAGGCCAGCACAGGAGGUGGUUAGAAACAGAAACUGCGAACCAGACCCAAUACUACGCGGACAUCUCACAGCACCGCAGAAGUUAUAUCGAAUUUUUGCAACGUCAAAACGAAGUUACGGUCAACGGUCGAGUGGAGCAAAAGGAACAACGGCUGGCGAAGCGCUUGAGGAGAGUGGAGAAAGUACAGCACUGGCUGUCGUCUUCUACCUUGAUUGCCACCCGGUCUCCGGGCAUCCAACAACCUUAUCAAGAGUCCUGCGCUUGGUUCCUGCGUGUUGCUGCAUACGCCCAAUGGAGGAGCUUGCGCUUUGAUAGCAGCAUGGCAAAUGACCAAGAAGCUUUAGUCGGCAACUGGCAACAUCGGGUACUGUUUGUACAGGGUAAGUCGCCGCGCGCAUACUCCGGGUUUUCUACAAACUGA